UAUGAUGUGCUGUGGUCUACUGACAUUUUGAUUCAUGUUAUACAGCAUUAAUUAAAGUAUAUCAUUCUGCAAACUGAGAUGGAUUAAUUCCUUUUUAGCCAAAUAUUGCAGCAACGUCAUACAGUGGUGUGAUAAAAUCUCCGGAUGCGAUCGCGUGACUCGGUGACGAUGGGGAAGUUACAGACCUUCAAGUGAGGCUUCUUGCUUGCAGCAUGAAAUGGGAAUCUUCUACACGUGCGAGACAUUAGCUUGCGCCUAAUGACAUUAUAGAAACUUUAAAUGAAUCGAUGAUUGGAGUGAAUUUCAGUCUAAACGUUUAUGAGUAUCUUUUGCUUUUUGCGUUGUUUUGUAUUCCUUUUAAACUCGGAAUGAUACUUCGUUGCACAGAUGAAUGGCUGGUGGUGGUGGUGGUGUGCCUGAGUGGGAUUAGGGCUGCAGAAGGUCUGACCUGUACAGUUCACCCGCAGGGAGAUGGAUCUGCUCUUUAUCAGAUCAGUGCACCAGCAAAGCCCAACAGGGAAUAUGACUGGAAAAUCAACGGUAUGGUUGUUGCCCAUGAGGACGAUUCUGACGGAACUAUAGUGCUUAAGCACAAUGGGACCUUUCUUCUUCUCAAAGCCCAUCAUUCGAAUACCACCUAUACAGUGGACACCGCAGAGGGGCGUGUUUCUGUCCCCUGCUAUGGCCCUUUAAGUCUGGGUGAGCCGCCACAUGAUGAUGCCAACAAGUCAAAUUGGGGAGCCAUUUUGGCUGGUGUUGUCAUUUCCCUCCUUGCCCUCCUUGUCAUCCUACCAGUUGGCUUCUGCUGGUGGAAAAAGAAGGGAUGUUUCCGGAAGAAAAAAAGGAGCAAGAAGAUCCUGAGGCCUCUAAGCAGCUGAAUGAUGACAGCAGCAGUGAUGGGAUGUUGUGAGCCAGCCGACCCCCAUUAAUACGGUGCCAGUACCCUCCGGUCCAACCUCUCCUUCUGGUCUUUUCUUUCUGCCUUUUAUUGUUUUUAUUUGUCUCAUUUUGAGGAGGCUUAUGCCUAAGUACCGCAUUUAAUGUAUUUAAACUGCAAUACUUUAGUGAAAUGCACAGGGUACUAUGUGCUAUGCAGCGCUGCUUUGUAGAAUAGAUUAUGCACAUAGUAUUCAAUAUAAUACAUGUUACUAGUGAGCUUUUGCACUCAUACAGUUUCAACCCACCAAUGACACAUUUCAAAAGCAUCUGAUGAAGGGCUGUUUUCUCAAUACUGUAAAUGCCAUACAUAUAGUGGUCAAAGGCAAACACAAGGAAGCACUAUAAGGUCAGUACACUAGAAUGGAAGGGAUUCACGAGCAUUAAAAACCUAUUUUCAUUAAUGCGAACUGCAAACUAUGACAUCACAGAGAUGCCAGUAAGUCCCAUGUGUAAACAAAACACUGAAUGUGUAUUUCAGAUUAGCUUGUUUUUAGGAGGGAAGGGUUAAAGGUUGAAAUUACUUUGUAGGGAGUGUGUGUGUGUGUGUGUGUGUGUGUGUGUGUGUGUGUGUGUGUGUGAGUGAGAGAGAGAGUGUGAAGUAGCAGAAAAUGCAUCCCCUUGGAUAAUAUUAUGAACCGUGAAGGUAGAGUGAUGACAAAAGGGUAGACAAUCUCAAAUGUUGCUGAAAUAUACUUCUACGACUCCAUACUCCGUGGUCACGCAGUUGCCUCGACAAACUCGUUUUCAUUUAUGGUUCUCU